AUGCCGUAACACCCUCCGUUCCGUUCAGUUCAGUUCAUCCGUAAAUUUGAAACGCGAACCAUCUUUUUGCUUGGCAACUUUUUUUCCGCUUCCCCUCUCGCAUCUUUCUUUACGCUUAAAUCAUCGCGGCUUUCGAAUCGUGGACGAAAACGUGAGUCUCCUACAACUCUUCGUCCGCCCGCCCAUUAAUGGCGCUAACACAAUAAAAUAAUAAAAGAAAAAACUUUUCCAAAGGGAAACUUGCCAUUCUUGCCGUCACCUGUAGCUGUGGGACUUAAAUAAGCGAAGGUCAAUGUCAAGGCAUGUGUCCCACCAGCGCAGGAAGGGGUUGCAAAACUGGUCCCGAAGGACGUUUCCUUUUUCCCCUUCUCUCUCUCUUCUCUCCUCCUCUCUCUUCUCUCCUCCUCUCGGUUUAAUGGCGAGAAAGUAAAGAUCCUUCCUGCAACGCCAGCUACUUGCUGUUUAGACCAUGUGGGGGAAAAGCCAUGACUGGUUCCCGACUCUUGGGUGAGAGAUACGCUUCGGCUCCUCGGUAUUCGCAGAUCAAGGGCCCGAGUAAGACCCAUCUGCGUUUCUCUCACAUGGUUUUUGUGGAUCGGGCUACUGGACCGUCGAAGUUUGGGGCACCCACCUUUAGCAAACUUUUAUGCUUUGGUGGCUGAAGACUGAGCAGGACGGACAGCGGUUCGAUCGGAAAGGUUGGAGAGCUAAUUUGUCUGAGAUAUUUUUCUUGAUUGACUUCCUUAUUUAAGGAUGAGCUUCAGGAAGCCCAAGGCAAAUGGUCUUGAAAAUCCUUCAUCAUUUGAAGAGCAACAACAAAAGAUUGCUGAGGUAAGAAGGUCAUUGGGAGUCUUACCCAGUAAAUUGUUGAUCUACUGUUCUGACGCUUCAAUAUCAAGGCACCUUAUAUCAAGGAAUUGGAAUGUCAAAAAGGCAAUUAAAAUGUUAAGGGAGACAAUAAAAUGGAGAAUGGAAUACAAGCCUGAAGAUAUCCGCUGGGAAGAGGUUGCACAUGAAGCUGAGACUGGCAAAAUUUACAGAACCGACUAUACGGACAAGUAUGGGAGGAGUGUUCUUGUCAUGAGACCUGGUUGCCAGAAUACAACUUCAACAAAGGGACAAAUCAGAUUUUUGGUUUACUGUAUGGAGAAUGCAAUUUUAAACCUGCCUCCAGAUCAAGAACAGAUAGUCUGGCUUAUUCAUUAUCAAGGUUUCAACAUGUCAAGUAUAUCUGUGAAGGUCGCGCGAGAAACAGCACAUGUAUUACAAAACCGAUACCCUGAGAGAUUGGGUCUAGCAAUCCUGUAUGACCCACCAAAGUUUUUUGAACCUUUCUGGACGGUGGUGAAGCCAUUUCUCGAGCCAAAAACUUGCAGGAAAGUGAAGUUUGUCUAUUCUGACGAUCCAAACUCACAUAAGAUUAUGGAGGAAGUCUUUGACAUGGACAAGCUUGAAUGCGCUUUUGGUGGGUUCAACCCAGCAAGCUUCAACUUUAAGGAGAAUGGUGAAAGAAUGAAAGAAGAUGAUAAGAAGACGGCUUUGUAUUGGAAAGGUGAGCUUGGGCCAGGAACAUCUCAACCUCCAUCCAUAGGCAUGCCACCACCUUUGGAGUCAGGUGAUUCAGAGUUGGAUUCCGAUGGUUCGGUGAAUAUGCGUUCAGAGGAAGGCUGUUCUCACAAGGGGUCUUCUUCCAAACCUCACUUUGACGAAGAUGGGUCACAGGAAAAUGAUGAGAAGUUUCUGGAAAAUGGCAUUGACUUGCCGGAAAGUAACAGUCAAGAGAAUGGCGUGACUGAUGUAGCAAAUCUGCAGUCACAUAUCCCAGGUUUAAGCCUGGGAUCGAGCACAAGAAAUGCGGCAUGAAUUUCUCUGCAAUGACUUUUCUAACAGUUUAAUUGAGUAGUUUCAGUUUUGUUUUUUCCUUCUUUAUUUUUCUGUUUUUUUCACACAUGCUAUCUAUAUUAUCUCCAUCGGAGAGAUUGAGGUUAAUUUAUGCUGAUAGUGAAGGUGAAUGACAUGAUUUACAUGACCAGAAAUCAUGAGAAGGCCUUUUUCUCCU